AUGACAAUUGAUCUUUUCCCUCGUGCAGUAGGUCUCUCAAGGGUUUGUAGCAAUUUGCAUUGCACGUCGAGGAUUUUUUUUUGGGCACGACUAAGUUUUGGGAGCGUGUGGCACUUGGACGGUGAGCGCUUUAGAAGCAUGGCUAGGGGGCGCUUGCUGUUCGUGGCAAGUGUACAUCCCACGUUAAAGAGACAUAACAAAAUUCAACGCUGCUCUGCUCAGUUGAGCUGUCGUGGCUUUUUCUCAGGCCAACCUGUGAGAUCAACGGUAAAGACUGCGAAAAAGUGGGAAAUAUCAGCAAUGUGUUCGAUGCAACCCGCAAUGGCGUCAGAGAGCAGUUUAAAGAUUUUGAAAUACGGAACCAACCCGAUCGACGGGCAAACUACUGGCACGAGUGGCAUGCGUAAGAGGGCCAAAGUGCUCGUAUCAAAUCCCAAAUUUCUUCCCAACUGGAUUCAGUCCUUGUUUAAUGCACUUGGAGGUAGAGACGUUCUAGAAGGAACUACUCUUAUCGUGGGUGGCGAUGGCCGAUUUUACAACACAGUCGCCGCGCAAACUAUUAUUCGCAUGGCGGCAGCGCAUGGUGUGAAACAUUUGGUUAUUGGUCGGAACGCCAUUCUCACAACCCCAGCUGUGUCAGCGAUGAUUCCCGCGCGGAAAGCUGUGGGCGGAAUCAUUCUAACCGCGAGCCACAACCCAGCUGGCCCUGACGGUGAUUGGGGUAUCAAGUACAACACUGGGGCGGGCGCCCCGGCUUCGGAAGGACUAACUGAUAAGAUAUAUCAAGAAACUGUUGGAAUCAAUGAAUACUUUCUUGCUGACCUUGGCAUUGAUAUAAAUUUAAGUAUUGAGGGUACAACAAGUUUUGCUGACGGAGCGUUCACGGUAGAAGUUGUCGACCCUGUUGCGGAGUACUGCGAUCUCCUGGAAAGCAUUUUUGACUUCAAUGAUAUUAAGAAGUUGCUCGCUAGGAGUGACUUUUCUCUUGUCUUCGAUGCCAUGCACGCGUCAACAGGAGAAUAUGCGAGGGUAAUACUACAUGAGAAGCUAGGAGCGCCGUUAAGUAAUCUCCUCAACGAAAUCCCUCUCCAGGACUUCGGGGGAGGUCACCCUGAUCCAAAUCUGACAUACGCCGCUGAGCUAGUGAGAAUGUUGGAUCCGAGGCAGACUCCGGAUGCGCCCCAAUUCGGGGCUGCGUCUGAUGGUGAUGGAGAUAGAAACAUGAUACUUGGCAGGGGUGUAUUUGUUAGCCCUGGGGAUUCGGUUGCGAUUAUAGCGGACUACGCCGCGAGAGCCAUCCCGUACUUUCGAGGCAAACAAUUGAAAGGCUUGGCGCGGUCUAUGCCCACUUCAUCCGCUCUAGAUCGCGUCGCUGAAGCUCUUGGUAUUCCAGUUUAUGAGACCCCGACUGGAUGGAAAUACUUUACGAAUUUAAUGGAUGCUGAUCGGGUGAGCAUUUGCGGAGAGGAAUCCUUUGGCACAAGCUCAGAGCAUAUUCGUGAAAAGGAUGGUUUAUGGGCAGUACUGUCUUGGCUCAGCAUUCUAGCGUACGAAAACCGUGACAGCCCCAUUGGGAGCCUCGUUACAGUUGAGGAUAUACUGGUAGGUCAUUGGCGGCGAUACGGUCGAACGUAUAAUAUGCGCUACGACUUUGAGGGCGUUUCAAAAGAAGCUGGCGACCAUAUGAUGAACUGGUUACGAGAAAUGGUUGAUGGGGUGGCACCCAAACACCCUGAAAUUGCAGAGAUUGAUGAGUUCCAGUACAAAGAUCCAAUUGACGGUACAGUGGCCUCGCAGCAAGGAAUCCGGGUGACGACAAAAGACGGAGGACGCGUUGUAUUCCGUUUAAGUGGAACCGGCUCAGCGGGGGCAACAAUUCGUGUAUACUUUGAGCAAUAUCAAAAACCCUCAUCGUCGUUCACGGUGAAAGAUCCAAAGGACGUCUUCAGGAAUCUCGUUAAGAAGGCGAUGGGUUUCGCCAAGAUACCGGAAAUCACCGGGCGAACCGAGCCUACAGUGCUGACUUGA